AAAAGACGCACAUUAAUGAUAAACUCAGUCACGUGGGAUGCUUUUCCCCCAUGUCCGAAUUACGUGUACGUACGCAUGCGUGCCACGAAUAUCGUCUGUUAUGUUAGGGUUAAAGAAGUGGAUUGCUAUCUGACAUCAUGACUGUUUCAUUAAAUAAACAUCGAGAAAAAGACAAUUCCAUUUGUAACAUAAAGGAAAAGAGGACUUAUCCAAUCAUUCAUCCCACUUCUGAUGCUCCAUUAUGUUCAAGUUGUGAACAAUUAGAAUUGCCUUUUUUUGAUCCUAGUUGCCCAGGAUGUAUGGAAAUCCUUAAAAAUCAGAACACUUCAAUAAGUCAGAUAUUUGCCAUAAUUCGACAAUGGAUGCCACAAACCCAACAAAAUAUUCAAGUUCUUGUAAAUGAGAUAUUAAAACGUGGUGCUCAUGUGGAUGAUAGAGAUGGCUUAACUGACAUGACAAUCUUGCAAUAUGCUUGUAAAGCUGGAGCAAUUGGUGUUGGUGAUGCUUACAUGGCAACAGAAACAGUUAAGAUGAUGUUAGAUAAAGGAGCAGAUACACGGCUGAAGUGUAGAUGGACUGAUAUGACUGCUCUCCAUUAUGCUGUUUAUUUUGAUGUUGUACCAGUCUUGGAAGUUCUCCUAGAAACUGAUAAAAACAUAGAGAAAUGAAGGAUAUGUGAUAAG